GUUUCCCCUCACGCAGGCGCCCGCUGCCAUCCCAUGUGAGCGGUGGCGUCUGUCCGAGCGGCGCGUUAACGGGGGGGGAAGAAGGAAGGGCAGGGGGCGUGCCCGCCCUGUGGGGAGGCGCGAGGCAUGGCGGAGAGCGGCGCCUGGCUGCUGGUGCUGAGCUCCGUGUUCGUCUGCAACGCGCUCAAGAUCCUCCUGCCCUCCUGCUCCUCCAUCAUAUCCAGAUUGUUGCAAAAGGAUGCAGAGCAGGAAUCCCAAAUGAGAGCUGAAAUUCAGAACAUGAAGCAAGAACUGUCAACCAUUAGUAUGAUGGAUGAGUUUGCUAGAUAUGCCCGUCUGGAAAGAAGGAUUAACAAAAUGACUGACAAGCUUAAAACUCAUGUGAAAGCACGAACUGCCCAAUUAGCCAAAAUAAAGUGGGUUAUAAAUAUUGUAUUCUACAUCUUACAAGCUACCUUGAUGGUCUCUCUGAUUUGGAGGUACUAUGCUGAGCCAGUUACAGUGCUUCCGGGCAAAUGGCUUGCUCCGCUGGAGCGCUUGGUAGCCUUUCCUACAGGGGUGACAGUUAGAGCAGUUUUAUCUGCAUCUGGAUGGAAUUGACCCUGGAGGAGAUCCGAAAUCAGAAAUAUUUUUGUAUUAAGGAUGCACUGAAAUUAAGUAGAGUUGCAUUUAAAUAUGGGCAAGUACUUCAUAGGUCUGUAUCGUUUAUGUGUAUUUCUUAUAAUUGCUGGGGUUUCAUGCUAGUGUAGCUCCAGAGUGAUUUAGGCAUCCUUGCUUGGCCUUUUGCCAUGCCUGUUCCCACCCUUUUUCCUGUCACACUUUGUUGCAUUUUUGCCUACUUAAAUCCUUUUCUUUUGGGCAGUUUAACAAAUUAAUAAUCAGAAUGGUACCACAAGUUGUGGACACCUGUUCCCAAGAGAAAAGUGUGCUGACUUCAUGCUAGUGGGAUAAGUACACGGGAGAGUGACAGGAUGAUAUAGUGAGGAAAUACACUGUCAAGCUAAAAUGCUGCUGGUGAAUCUUCAUAUUAGGUUUGUAAGCCCUAACUGCCCCAGAAGGAAUUCCAGAAUGCGUUGUUGGAAUUUUAUGUUGUGGUAUUUUUAAUAGGUGUCUAGAGAACAGUUUGUAUCCAGCAUGCUUUCUGGACAAGAGAAGAAUCUGCUGCAGUGCAGGGUAGGGGCAUAGUCCUUGGAAGACAUUUAUUUGAACAGCAUUUGAAGUUCACACCCAUGUCUGCAUUCAAAUCUCCUUUUUUGUCUUGGCUGAUAAUCACACUGAAGAGAUCACUUUUGAGUUCUAGGCGAUAAACACAAAAUUGUCUGAAAAUGCCCCCAAAGGUAGUUCCUUCAUGUGUGCUGCGCAUAGCACACGUAUGAAUUCUGUGAUACUGUGUAGCUUAGUUCCAUGUUGUCUGCAGUAUGGAUGUGCUGUGCAUUACAGUCAAGGCACACCCUCUUUUCCACCACACCAAUACAAAUUCCUGUGCUGCCGGUUGGAAUGACCAGACCCUUUCAAACAGCAGUAGCAAAAGUCUCUGUAGCACUUUUCUACAUAGCUGUAUGGGGAGGCAGGGGAAAGGAGUACAGAUUUAAUACUUGUUAAAAACU